GAGAGAGAGGAGAACAGGCAGAAAUGUGCAGCAGCCUUGUGACAAAAGGACACAUGCAUCAUCUGUGCUGAUGAACACAAGAACAAUGCUAUAGUUUAAUUAUUGCUGUUCAGCUUCUGUAACGCAUUUCUUUGAGGUUUUUUUCAUUAUUUUGGAGGCUCUAUAGUUGGGCAUAGGCUUCUGUAUUAAUCUGACAGUGCUGAUAAUUAAUCUUAUCUGCCUGGCUACCCGAAUAGGAUUAUAAGGCGGGGAAGUGCGUCACAAGGACCUUUGGAGAUUGAGGAAUGCAAUUCUGCCACCAUGAUGGAAGGAUUGAAAAAGCGAACACGGAAGGCUUUUGGUAUACGGAAGAAAGAAAAAGACACUGAUUCAACGGGUUCACCAGACCGAGAUGGAACUAAGAAAAGUAAUGGUGCUCCAAAUGGAUUUUACGCAGAAAUUGACUGGGAGCGCUAUAAUUCACCAGAAGUUGAUGAUGAAGGAUACAGCAUCAGGCCAGAUGACAAAUCAGGUUCUACCAAAGAGAAACACUUUUAUUCAUCAAGUGAGUCUGAGUCAGAAGAGGAUACACGGCGAAAAUUCAACAUUAAGAUUCGGCCUCUGCAGGCUAAAGAUACCAUUGUGUGUAUGGCAGCAUCAGUGGAUGAACUGAAGGCCUCUGUGGGCAACAUUUCUCUGUCUCCUUCACCAAUGGCAAUUAUCAAAAGGAACUUAUCCAGCGAAGAAAUUGCUCGACCAAGACGGUCAACACCCACAUCAGAAGUUGUCAGUAAGAAGGGGCCAGAGGAUACAGCAUCUCUGAUCCCACUCUUUGGCCCACCACUGGAGUCAGCUUUCGAAGGCAUAAAAUCAGAAGCGGUCAUUGAUCAGCCUGAGAUUUGGGGGCCAAUCCAAGCCAUUGAUUCCGAAAGACAGUCAUCAUUGACGACACGGUCAUUUCCUAUUGGAACUCCUCCUCCACUUCCUCCAAAAAAUGUUCCAGCCACACCACCUCGCACAGGGUCACCACUGGCAGAGAGUUCAGACCACACUAGCCUGAAAGGCACCAAAUCAGACCUUGAUGCAGCAACACAGCAACCUUUACCGAAUUCAGCCCAUGGGACUGUAGGGAAUGACCAGGGCACCGCAGAGGCCCAGCCUGACAAACUCUUAUCUAUCAAUGACCUGGAUGAUAUUUUUGGCCCAGUUGCGUCUCACAGAUCUGGAGUCGUCCUGUCGAAGAAUAAGUGGAUCGAUUUCUCUGAUCAACCUGCCCAUGACAAGGUUUCACCAGUGGCUCUGAGUGAAAACAGGUCCCUCGAUGCCCCUCCAAGCAUUCCUGUGCCUCUCGACCAUGAUGGGAGUGAGAAAAAUAGUUCUGAGCAGGUUUUAGUCAAGAGCGAAAAGAGCGAGUCGUCCUCCUCCCUGAAAGAGCUGGCUAUGGGGCAAAAGACCACGCCCCCUCCCCCUCCACCUCCUACCUACAGGACAGUGGUAUCGUCUCCAGGACCCAGUUCAGGCAGUGGCGUGUCCAGCAGCAGUGGUUCUUCAUCUCCUGCCCGUCCAGCAACACCAUCAGGCUUGACCAGUAACACUCCUCCUCCUCCACCACCUCGCCCUCCAUCACGGCCUAAACUGCCUCCUGGAAAGCCUGGUGUUACUGACAUGUCCAGGUCUUUUAGUCCUCCAAUACACUCAUCUAGUCCUCCGCCAGUAGCGCCAUUAGCUCGAGCAGAAAGCACCUCCUCCAUAUCUUCGACUAACUCACUGAGUGCCGCCACCACUCCUACAGUUGAGAAUGAUCAACCCUCCUUGGUAUGGUUUGAUAGAGGAAAGUUUUAUUUGACUUUUGAUGGGGCUUCCCGAGGACCGAGUCCCUUGACCAUGGGUGCACAGGAUACGCUCCCUGUUGCUGCAGCCUUUACAGAAACUGUCAAUGCUUACUUCAAAGGAGCAGACCCAAGCAAAUGUAUUGUGAAAAUUACUGGAGAAAUGGUUUUGUCAUUUCCAGCUGGGAUCACCAGGCAUUUUGCCAAUAACCAGUGCCCUGCAGUUCUCACAUUCUGCAUAACAAACUGCAGCAGGCUGGAACACAUCCUGCCGAACCCUCAACUUCUCUGCAGUAGCACUUCGCAAGGUGAUGCCAAUACAAGAGAAUUUUGGGUAAACAUGCCAAAUCUAAUGACUCAUUUAAAGAAAGUGGCUGAGCAGAAACCAUCAGCCACCUAUUAUAAUGUGGAUAUGCUAAAGUAUCAGGUAUCUUCACACGGCAUUCAGUCCACACCAUUGAACCUAGCAGUGAGCUGGCGCUGUGAGCCCACCAGCACUGAUCUUCGAAUAGAUUAUAAGUACAAUGCAGAGGCAAUGGUUACACCUGUUGCUCUCAAUAACGUCCAGUUCCUCACUCCUGUGGAUGGAGGAGUAGCAAAAGUACAGGCUGUACUUCCACCUGCUGCAUGGAAUGCUGAACAACAUAGGAUUCUUUGGAAGAUCCCAGAUAUAUCCCAGAAAUCUGAAAAUGGAGGUGUUGGAUCUCUCCUGGCCAGGUUUCAGCUAUCAGAAGGGCCGAGUAAGCCUGCAACAUUGGCUGUCCAGUUCACCAGCGAAGGCAGCACAUUGUCUGGCGUCGAUAUUGAAUUGGUUGGAGCAGGAUAUAGGUUUUCACUCAUCAAAAAGAGAUUUGCAGCAGGGAAAUACAUGGCUGAUAACUGAAUUCUCACAACUUUGCUCAGUGUUCAGUGUUACUCACCAGACAGCUUUUUAAAAAUAAACAGGAGACGUUAAGGACUGAACCUGUUAACAAACUUUUACUCACUGAUUUCAAACUUCUAUUCCAUGCGGCCAGAGCAUUUCCAACAACAAAAAGUCAAAGUAACAUCAGAAAAUGGCGACCAGUCCUGCAGUAUUAUUAAAUGAUCGAUGUGACAUUGGUAACAUUUCGUAUUUUACAGUGUAAUAAAUGUAUUUGUAAUUUGGUAUUCACCUCUCCCCACACUCUUCACUCCAGAUAUCUGUAUUUCAGCUGUUAUAGGCAUUUCAGAGAUAUCACAAUUAACUUGUAGGCUAUGCCUCUUCAAACAUGUAGCAUUGUAUUUGGGAUGAGUAGCAUUGUCUAAGAAAUAUAUUGCAUACUUUCAAUUUUUAGCCCCUUGAUCUACCAGUAUUGAUGCCAAUAGUUUAAGAUUUUUUAAUUACUUUUUUUUUUACUGUUUGCAUACAUAUAUUUUUAAUGUUGAAAACCUUCCCAAUCUCCUGAUUAGUGAAAAAGAAUCAUUUUGCAAAGCAAUGCUAUGUUUUAGAAGAAUGCCCUGUAUAGUGAGAGAGAGAAGGUGUGCAAUAAUGUUGGAUAAAUAUCUUGUUUGUACAAAAUGGUCGGGGAGGAGAGGGGGUUGGCUGUUAACCUUUCAGAGAUAAGAGGAAAGUCCACUAAUAUUGGAUUUUAUAACAAAAAAUCCAAAAGAGGCCAGUCAGAAUCUGAUAGAAAAAGUUUAACAUUUCAGAUGGGACCCUGUGCUUCGGGUGCUGCCUGAAAUAUCUUUCAGCUGUAGGCUAACUGCAAUUCCAAUAUUAAAUUUGCUGCCUGGAAAUGUUGUAUCAGUUUCAUGUCAGUGCUGAAAGCUAUAGCAUUCUAAUGUGAAUAUUGAUUCCAGCAGCUUCUUCAAAAAAACAUUUACUUUGCUUUGGUAAUGUGGUUGCAAUUUUUACAUAAUAAAAAUGAAAUGACUUAAAAGUAGAAGAAAGGUUACAAUGUGAAGAUGUGGACAAAUGACCACCUGAGUUUCAUUUUCAAAGUUCCAUCAUGCACAGAUUUUUUUGUUAUCAAUUAUAACUCAGAUUUGCAUCGACACACUUGCUGAUAAAGCAUUGUUUUGAAGCUUUUCAAGGAGUCUGUCUGGUAUACUGGGGAUAUUGAUCACUAGAAAUAGCUUGGAAUGCUUAAAUGAAUCUUCUCUCCCCAACCCACUGACACAGCAAAAAAAAAGUUUCGCAUGACUAAAACUGGUACAUUCAAUAUCGAUGGUUCUUGAAUCUUAGGUGCAGUGCUAUACGAAGUGUCUAGAUAUAUAAUACAAAGAGACAAAUAUUUUGCACACUUGCCACUGAACAUAUCUCCGUCUUCUGGUCAGAAAACAGCAGGCAAAGCAGCUGAGGGACUGCAACCUUCCUGAGCAGCAGUUCAGCUCCUGAUAACCAGAGCACCUGGUCUGCAGACCACCUUCCCCAACACUAGGUUUAAAAACGAUUACCAUUUGCAACUUUAAAGGAACCAUGCGUGCAAACACUUUCACAUGUGCUACUUUUAAAGUCAAUCCACCUACUGGAGAAAGUGUUCUGUAAUAUAAAUGGAGCUGGGAGCUGGUUUUAUAUGAUUCAUAACUUGGUGCAGUAUGGAGUUAUUUUUCUCCGUUGAUGUGUUCCCUCAAUGCUAAUGAUAAAGUAGGUGUUGCUCCUUUAGUGGUCUAUUAUAUUUGGUACUCUACACAUAUUAAUCAACUUUGGGUUUAUUAUAGCUGUCUAUCAAAUGAUGUGAAUGGGAAAGCAGAUGCCCUUUCUAUCAUCUUUUUGGAGUAUUGCAGCACUGUUCUGCACAGCUGCUGUGUACUGUGAAUGUACUUGUAAGGAUUUGAGAAAAACAGUUAGAUCUGACCAUUUCUGGCCGUUUUUUUUUACCUUAUAGAUAAGAAUAAUUCCAUUGGUACUUCAGUGGCCUCCUAGGUAAAGGAACUGCUGGCUAUAAAAGUGCAUUGUGCAGACCAGAAAGUCCAAGGUUUGGUUCAUGGUCUGUGAGAGUUGAUUUCAAAUGGGCAGCAAUUGAAUUGCAACAAUUACCCUUAGAGUCCCCUGGGCUAGGGAGGAAAAAAUGAGCAGGGGCUCCAUCCCUGAUUACUGUGCAGUGGCUCCUACUGGAAAGAGCAUGUAUCUGGAUGUUGGGUGAGAACAGGAUCAUGCUUGCUGUCAUACAUUCAUAGUUGAAUAGCUUGUCAAUACAUCAUCAGGGCACACGUACACGCAUAAAGGAUAGCUACUUGGGGCAAAGUACUGAAAGGCUUUUGGGCCUGUGCACCAUAUCUCAGCAGGAGUCAACGCCUUCUGAAGAGAGGGAGAAAAUUGAAACAAAAAUAAGAAACAGCUCCAUUCAUCUUGCGUGCUAUUUUGUAAAUACCGACUUUUUUAUAUAUAUAUAUAUAUACAUAUAUACAAAUAUAUAUGUCAUUUCCUCAGUGACUGUUUUCCCUGUCGGUUCAUUGCACAUAAUUAUGAAUAUGCAAUUAUGUUUUAAUGUAUUAUGUAGUAAAGAAAUGGUCUGGCCAUUUAUAAAUCAAAUUCUAAAUUCUAUACAGUAUGGAAAUUAAACUGUAAUAACUGUUUAAAAAUUAAAUGUCACUUUUCUUUGA